AGAACCUUUCUGGCGUACGGUGCAGACGCGCCGACAUCGUGUAUCAAGAUAGAGGUAUGCUUCUACCCAUUAACAUAGAGCACGGCCUACAUAUCUAACUCGCCCGUUACUGGUAUAUAUACUGAGGAAUAGCGGCAACGCGGCUACGCUGAGGCGCGGCAACACACACGAUUUCUCUCCCACCCUCCGCUUUCAGAGAAGUACCAACGCUUUCCUCGUCUUCAGCGUGUUGCUGUUUCCGUGCUCCCUCGUGUGUGUGUGUCUUCGUGCCGCAUGACCACGAAUUGCCAGUAAUAAGAAACUUUUCCCUCCUCACACACACACACACAGAUAUAUAUAUAUACAAGUACUGAUAGCACUGCCUGCCAUAGAGUUUCCACGAUCCCAAAAUAACCGCAUCUCGCGCUCAUAGAAGUUCCGACUGCGCCACACGGCAGCGACGACGGUCACGAGAGAUCACGCAGAUCGAUACGGGGACGCGGUAGCCCACGGCGCUUGUCGUUGCGCUGCGUGUGUUUUUCUCCCCCUUCUCUUAUUCGCCUAUUGCGGUCAGGGACGUAGAGGCAUUUGCGUCUCCCGCCGAGUAACGUCGCUCCUGCGAACCGUGAAGGGUGAAGGACAGGUCAGCAAAGCACCGACAUAGAAAGGAGGCCUAUUCUGUCUUCUGCUUUAUUCAUUUGUUUCUAUUUUUAUUUCCUUUCUCUCUCCGAGCUGUGCAGCGGCGAACGAGCGCUCCGCUUCACUUCCUUUUUUUGAAUGCGGUUUACCUUCGCCGCUGGCAUUUCUCGCUCGAGCGUCGCCAUCCUUCGUCGUCGUCGACGUGGCGUGUUGGAUGGCCGCACGCACCUCCUCGCACUGGGCCGCCGCGGGGUCUGCGGGACCCCUGCGUCGUGUCUUCGCACCUUAGCCUCCCCUGUUGCUGCUGCUGCUGCUACUGCGUUGACUGCGUCGCGCCGGUUUGAGGCUAGCAGCUCGCAGAUGGUGGCAGCCAGUGCGCCGUCGACGGCAUUGUCGACCGCAACAAAGCUUCGUCAUCGUCGCGGCGCGCAUCGCAGGCGCGGGGGCGGUGAUGUCGGUGGCGGAGAGGUGACACCCCCGCCUCCGGUGCGCUCUGUCGUACCCGGUGUGGUAGAGCCUGGUGUGGCAGUGGCAGCGAAAGCGAAGAAGAGAGUCGUCCGGAGCGUGAGCGCUGCGACAACAGCCGAUGCUGCUGGUGCCACCGCCACCGCGCCUUCGACGUUGUUGACGACGACAGCGAAGAAGAAAGUGGACGAGGCCGUGAAGGAAGGCGUGGACGGCGGAGAUAGCGGUGCAGAUGCGGAUGCCGAUGCGAUCAUGACGGAGUUGAUGGCGUCACGCAAGCUCAAUCGGUUGAACGGGCACACCACACCUGGUGCUGCCACCGCGACGACGGACCACCACCAUCAUCGCAGCAACAACAGCGUAUCAGCACAAGCGCGCGCGAGCGCAACGACGGCGGACGCUGUGCCGACCGUGGCGGGCCGUCGUGAAGCGGAUUAUGAGGGCAGUGGCGAUGACGGCAACGAUAUCGUCGGAGUAGAGAUGACGCAGCACCGACGUAACAGCCGAACGCGCAGCUCGAGGCGACGGCGUGGCUCGCACGACGUCCGCGCCAGCGGGGUCGACGCCACGGAGGCGGCGCGGGAAGGAGCCACAUCGGAUGCAAGAAAAUGUGCUGAUACUACUGUGAAGGCUGACGAAGCGAAGACGCAAGAAUCCGCUGCAGCACCGCAAGUCUCGCCGUCGAAAGCCACGCCAGCGGCGGAAGCGCGAGAGACAACCGCUGCUGCUGCGACACACGCCUCUUUAUUGAGUACUGUGGAUGAUGUUGGCGAGGAUGCUGAUGCUGUCGCCUCCGCAGAUGUCGCUUCAACAGGGAGGAAGAAAAUUUCAAAGCCAGGUCCUCAGCGCAGCCGGGCUCCACCGGCACCCGACGCUUCCGAUCCGCCAGAGGAGGAGAUCGAUCUCACCGGUGUUAUUACGAGUGAGGCGGCGGCGGGGGAGGAGGAGGUCACUGCGGUUGCUGCUGCUGCUACUGCUGCUUCCUCUUCCUCACCCACUUCACCGCCUUCUCAUCCUGCUCACAGGUCCGCCAGUAAACGAUCGCGACGUGGGAAGCGCGGGCGGGCAUCGAUGCCAGCUGACGUCAUCCACUCCGCUCCAACAUCUGCGACGAUGACGGCGGACGGGAGCGUCGAGGAGGCAGCAGAGGAGGUCGCUGCGGGUAAUGACGCGGUGAUCGCGGCUGCGGUGGCGGCUGCCGCGGCAGAAGACGCUGCCGUCUAUGCCCCUUCCGGCAACAAGGAGGACCCUGACAGCAACGGCAACGGACGAGCUGCAGCGAAGAAACGACGUGCGACGGCUGCCAUCAACGGCGCGGCUGCCGCCACAAAUGUGUCUUCCGUCUCUCCCAUGGUCUCUCCCAUGGUGACACGGGAAGAGGGCAAGGUAGUCGCACCCGCCAGCGCGGACAGCAUCGAGGAGUCGGCGACGCCAGCAGCAUCCGCAGCAGCAACUAAAACCAAUUCUGUGAAUGCCACUUCUCUGCACUCUGCGUCGGCUUCUGCGAAGGUGUCCAAGAGAGGCCGACGCGCGGCUGCGUCGGAGGACGAGGUGGAGGCGGCGGUGACCGCGGCGUUGCGAGCCGAAUCAGCCAGCACCCCAUCCAACACCGCAGCGAGCACGACAACUGCCGUGGACGGUGCACAGGUCGAUGAAGACGUUGUGGACGUCGCAGCCGGGAUUAAAGGAAAGAAACGGCGUGGACGGAAGAAGAAGACGGCGGCAGCGAUCGCCACGGACCCGGAAGAGAACUCCGCAGUCCCCACCCCCGCUGCAGCCUUUGCUGUUCCACCGGCAACCGCAGCGGCAGACGUGGUCGUGCCGAAGACCACCGCAGCUGCGUUGCAGGAGCUUUUUGCGGCGGAAGGGCACGGAGGCGACGGCGCGACAGCCUCGUUAGCCGCAAAGAAGCAUCUCGCCGCGCAGAUCAUCCGUCGACGCUGGCAGCUGCAGCAGGAGUCGAAGGGACACAAAGCAGCGUCAGCAGCAUCCACCACGUCGCUUCACCCACCACCACAACAGGAGGAGGUGAAACAGGCGAGGGAGGAAGCGGCUGACGAUGACACACCGCAACCUGAGGAGGACGAAGAUGAAUUCCUUUCAGUUAACGCCGCCGCCGCCGCCGCAGAAGACGUGGAUGCCAGCAACACCGUGGAAAGUGCAAAGCCGAAGCGAAAGACGAGACAGAGCAAGCCGGCACAGCGCCGCCAUGCCACAGCCGCCUCCACCGUAGCGGCCGAGGAAGCAGAGGCGGAGGCGAUAGACACAGCUGUCGCAGCCGUCGCAGACGAGACAAAAGCUGCGAGCACGACGGAGGCACCGUCAGAGCUGAGCGAUUCUGCCGUAGCAGCAAUAGCAGCGGCCGCGAAGGAACUCGAUCCCCCGACGGAGGCGGAGGAGGCCGCUCGAGAUGCGGAGAUGGCGGCGGCGGUGAAGGCUGCACUCGCGUUGGCGGCCAUGCCGGAGGCUGAUCCCUUCGAGAGCGAGAAGGCGGUGGAUGCCGUGUCGGAGCGUCUCUCGUCAUCGGAUGCUGACGGCGAAUCAGCGUCCUCCGCAGCGUCGGCAAGUGAGCGGAGCAGCGACCGCACGAAUUCUACUGCCUCUGCUGCUGUUGCUGUGAACGGCUCGCACGUAGCACCACGUUCCCUUGCCACGCUGGUGGCUCGCUCGCAGAAGGUUGUCACGUCGGCCUCCGCUGCCACCACCACCGCCGCCGCUGCCAAAUCCACACGCGGCCACAGCGGCAGCGGCGGCGGCAACAAUGAUCGAAGCAACGCCGGGGGUUCUUCGUCCUCCGGCGGUGGCGGCAGCAAAGGGGCGAACUCGAAGGACACGCUCUACUUCCCCGACUACCGCGAGCGCGUGGUGCAGAUCUUCGAGCAGAUGGCCGAGAUCAACAGCGCACUGGGCGAGCGCUACAAGUCGCUCUCUUACUCCAACUCCGUCGAGCGACUGAAGCGAGGCGACAAGGUCUUUCAACUCCUUCCGCCCAACCUGCUGCCGCUGCCCGAGGACCACCCGAAGUGGAAGGCACCGGUGCUGGACGCCGCCACGUCGCCGGAGUCCGUCAUGGCCGCGGCGCAGCGACGCGCGAAGGAGGUGGAGGAGAACCGUGCCAAGCGUACCACCGUGCUCUCGGCGGACAACCUCCUCCCCGGCGUGGGGCACAAGCUGCGGCUGAAGAUCGUGGAGAUUUUGGAAACGGGCGAUCUGGAGGAACUGCACCGGCUCGAGGCGAAGCCGCUGAUCCGCGCCAUUCGUGAGCUUACCCAAGUACACGGCUUCGGCCCACGAACGGCCAUUGAGUUCUUCAAGAAGUACAACAUCUCCUCUGUGAAGGACCUGCAAGACUACGCGGUGAAGAAGGGCGAGCUGGACAUGAGUAACAAGGCGACGGGCAAGCCGGCCGGGCUGACGACGACGGCGAGCAGCGCGCACAAGGCUGACUUUCAUCUGACCGAUGCGCAGCGGCUGGGACUGGUGUACUACCGAGAUAUGUCUCACCGCAUCCCGCACGAUGAGGGCCGCCUGCACGAGGCGUUCAUGAAGCUGCGGCUGCGCAAGUACCUCGGCAAGGACUACGAGUUGGUGGUCUGCGGCAGCUACCGCCGCCAGGUCGAGUCCUCGGGCGAUAUUGAUGUGCUCAUUACCCGUAAGCGCAUGGCGGAUGGCGGAGUGCAGAGCACCACCGCGAAGCAUCUCCCGCCCUCCGCGGUGCUCGCCACUUUUCUAGAGGGGCUCAAAGCCGACCGCUACAUCGAGGCAACGCUGGCGCAGGGACCGACAAAGUUUAUGGGUCUCUGCCGCCUCCACGCGCUGCCGCCGCCGCCGCCGCCCGCAGGGAAAGCGAAGGGGACAACGGCAGCAGCGACGCCGUCGCCUCUCCCGCGGUUCCGCGCCCGCCGGCUCGACAUCCGCUACGUGGAUGCGAACUGCUUCCCCGCGGCGAUGCUCUACUUCACCGGCAGCAAAAACUUCAACGUCAUCAUGCGGAGCGAGGCGAUCAAGAAGCGGUGCGUGCUGAACGAGUACGGCCUCUUUCGGCGAUUUACACGGAAGCAGCAGCUGCAGCGGCAGGCGGCGGGGGAGAAGCCGCUGAACCUGCACGAGAUGAUCACCCGCAUCGCCCGCUUCGGUUUCGCGUCCAUGAAUGAAAGUGAGGGAGGCGCCAGCGGCGCGGACGGCGCGGCGGGCGGCGAGGAGGCGGAGGAGGGCGCCGCGAGCACCUCCGUGACGAGUGCGGGGAAAAAGCUGAAGAAGAAGUGCAGGGAAAAGACGAAGGAGGAGAUGGCGGAGCUGCGCGAGGUGGCGAAGUUGGUGGAGCGGCAGCGAGUGAAGGCGCACACCGAGAAGGAGAUCUUUGACGCGCUGGAUAUGGACUACGUGCAGCCGAAGGAUCGCAAUGUUUAG